CACAUCUAUGGAGGAAGGCAAAGACGUGGAGCACUCCAGAGCAACAGCCAGCUCCGUAAUGCCAUUGCCUAAAUCUCCAUCCACACAGUAUGAAGAGAAUGGGAGAGAGGAGGAGGGCUUCCACAACGCUUUGCUGGAGCUGAAAGACCUGCGGUCUCAGCUUCACCAUGCGGCAGAACAUUGUGAGCGUGCAUUUUCCUCAGCCCAGCAGAAGAAGAUGAUUUUGGAGGGGACAAAGAGCUACAUAUGUGAAGCAGUUGUGGCAAUAGUCGACCAUUUAGGAACUGUCUCAUCCAAACUCGAGCAGAGUCUCCUUGCAAAUGCUGUGGUUAAGCAGACUGAACAAGGAAUUGGUAGUGCAAACACUAUAAUUGCACUUGCUGGUAACAAAGCUGACCUAUUGGAAUCUAGACAGGUUUCUGCUGAGGAAGCCCAGAGCUAUGCUCAGGAGAAUGGUCUUUUUUUCAUGGAAACUUCUGCUAAAACAGCAGUCAAUGUCAACGAUAUAUUCUAUGAAAUUGAAAAAGCAAACACCUUUGUUCCUAAUGCCCAAGAAAAGAGGUGUUCAAUCAUUGCAUCAAGCACAGGAAAGCUAAUAGACAUUGAUGUUGAGUCUGUGAAGAACGCAGUGGGAAUUUUUGAAGGCUCUAAAGUACUGAUUAAUUUUUGA